AUGGAGUCGCUGGACACCGAGGUGAGGGUACGGAAGACUCUGGGGACUGUUGAGUACGUGGAGUCUUCGGGUUUCCCGCAGGGAGUCCUGCCCACCAAGAAGGAUGUGGUGCAGAACAUGCUGUACCUGCUGCAGCCCAAGAGGGCUGGCCAGGCCCAGCGCUCCAAGGAGGAUGCGGCCCAGCUGCUGGCUGAGCACCUGCAGGAGCACUGGCUGGGGUGCAACCUCCACACCAUCGCCACCCAAAACAUAAAGAAACUCAUCCUCAAAAUGUACGAGGAGUUUAGCAGAUUGUACCAGACCAGGAAGCAGAGACAGAACCAGGCGUUUACCGAGCGGGCCGACAAAUUCAAUGAGAGUUCAGAGAAGCUCUUUGAUGUGUUUUGUAUGGACGUGCAGAUGAGGAACAAACUAGAGGAGCUGAGUGGGAUAAAAAUGACCAGCAUCGAGUGGAAGUUCCUGGAAGAUCAAAGAAGCGAAAGGAAAAUGUACUAUGAAGAUUUCACAGACAAGCAAGAGCUGAAAAUGAUGGAGAGAAGACAAAAGAUCCAGUGUCUGGAGCACUUCAGGAAGCUGGCCAGGGAGGAGAAGGAGGGGAGCAAAGCCAAGGAGGCCAAGUACAGAAGCGACGAGCAGUCGGACGAGGGCACCAGUGUGGAUGAGUCCUGCCCCGCGGGGGAGGAGAACGGGGCUCCCGCCUUCUCACUGCGGGGCAGGAGGAAGCGCCGCUGCUCCGUGGCGGCCGCCGGCGCCGCCAUCCCGCUGGAAUGUCAGCACAUCCGCAUGAGCAUCCGCAGGGUCCGGCCCGGCUUCUACGAGACUGUGGAGAAGGUGAAGAACUGCUAG